AAAGAGGCAGUGAGUACAAAUAGCAAACACCACACAGUAGCACAGUUAGCGAGAAAAUAUCUAACUCAACAAACAUUAUUUACAACCUAAUGUGUCGCAGAUUACUGAGUAUAGUGGACUAAGUGAAGCCUUGUCAUCAACCCCCUCCCAAUACAUCCAUGUGUAUUAUUUUCUUCAAGUUUGACCCCCGGCCUGCUUCCAAAAAUGCCUACAGGCUAAUUUUGGCUGCAAACAGAGAUGAGUUCUACAACAGGCCGUCCAAAGCUGCAGACUUCUGGGGGACCAACAGCGAGAUUCUCAGCGGCCUGGACCUGGAAUAUGGGAAGGAAGGAGGAUCAUGGCUGGGGAUCAGCAAGAGAGGCAAGCUGGCCGCAAUUACAAACUACAUGGAAGGACGUCCUAACCCAGACGCACAAGGACGAGGUUUCCUGGUAUCCAAUUACCUAAUGGAUAAGGAUGUGGACAGCUACUCCUACCUGAAGAAGGUGUCAUCAGAAAGCCACCUGUACAAUGGCUUCAACCUCAUCACAGCAGAGUUCAAAGCCAAACAAGAUAUUGUGUGUUACUAUGGAAACAGAGGCAGCGCUGAACCCAUCCGUCUAAACCCAGCAGGAAUCUAUGGCUUGAGUAAUUCACUGCUGGACACACCAUGGAAGAAACUGAUGCAAGGCAAGCGCCAGUUCACCAGCAUCGUCAGUGACCAGUCCCUGUCUGGAGAUGGACUGGUGCAAGAGCUGCUCAACGUCCUCAAUAAUGAGGAACUGAACGCACCUGAUCCAGCUCAGGAGAGCCAGGGUGAUGGUUACAGUCAGCCUAUGAUCCAGGCUCUGUCAGCGGUGUGUGUUCGCUCUCCUCAUUAUGGUACAAGGACCAAUACAGUAAUCCUGAUAGACGCAGAAGGGAAUGUGACCUUCACGGAGCGCACCAUGCUCAACUGUGACACAAGCAAAUGGAGCACCAAUUCUUUCCAGUUCAAACUGCAAGCGUGAAGACAUGAUGGAGGAAACCCACUGUGUGCCUUUCUGCAUCCUUCCCUUUUCCUUCCACCAACCCCCCUACCUCCCUACCCCACCUCACCCCCUUCCACUCCCCAGUCACCCUCUCCUUGAGCUGCACUUCAACAUAGCAGCUAUGUGAACAUGAAGACUCUUCAGCUAGAUAGCACUGGCUGCCUCAUUAACACCAGUGAUGUAUUUCUUAUUCUCGAUUUAAGUUAAAAAUGCAUCUCUUUUGAACAUGUGUGCUAAUUUAAAAGAUUGCCAAAGAACAUUUAUGAUUUUUUUAGAAGGAAAAUAUUUUACGUACAUGUCACAGAACAACAGGGUUGGGUCACUUCAUACAUCAAAACCAUGAUAGAUCACCAGUGUCCUGCUUAGAGCUGCAAUCAUCCACAAGAUUAUUUUAAUGCAAUGAAAUUGAUUCAUAUCAGUGUGGGUUUUUUUACCUUUCAAAAUCCAUACGUAGUGAAUAUAAACUAAACGCACAAUCGCUUCCUUUAGCUGCACUGAUUUACAACUGUAACAAUCUAGCUAAGUAUUUUGUUUCACACAUUCAUUCAUAGGGUCACCACUAUUUUUCUAGAUAAGUGUCAUCUGGAUAACUAAUAGAUUAGAAUUGCCAGCUAUUUAAAUAUCUGAUUACUGUUAACCCAUUACAGGUAAUUGGUAAAGUCCCAACCCUGCACAGCACAGCAGUACUGCAGUCUCAAUGGCGGUUACAACAGGACUUUGAAUAUCGAAUGUAAGCUGUGUCAGGCACUGUUCCUCUGACCGCUUCCAUGAAAGGAUGAAUGCAUUUUACUGCUGCUUGACAAUAAAAAUAUCUUAUCCAAGCAUUCACAUUUGGUUUCCCAGAUAAUGACUACUGACUGUUUUAGUGAUAGACACACACGUGGAAAUACCGGAAGGAAAGACAUUUUUAUUAGUAACCGCUUCAUAUCCUGAUGUGACGUGCACCUGUUGGGUGGUUUCUACAUUCGACUCCGAAUCAAGAAGACAAGAAGACUUUCUAUAAGCUGGAUGUAUUUUACUCUCUGUAUUUUUUGUCUUAUGCAUUUACCCACAAACAUCAAUGGUCAAAAGCAAAAAUGCUUUUAAGUGGAGAAGUGGGGUUCAGUUAUUAGAUGUGUAUUAUCAGUUCAUGGUUAUCUUUUAUACUCUCCAUACACGCAGUACUAAAAGGCACAUAGUUCUACUGUCUUGUGUGUGGAGGAGUUGUGUUGCAGUGAGUUUGCACUUAACCUUCUGUUCCCUCAGUUCAUAUCACUCUUAAGGUGCCCACAAAAGCAGAACUCAAACCUGUGAGUUGUGAUUAAAACAUUUUGACCUGUA